AUGUGCCGCUGGUUCGCCUACAUCUCGCCUACCGAACCCUGUCUCCUCGAAGACGUCCUGAUCACGCCGCAACACUCCCUGUCCAAGCAAGUGCACGACCACUACCUCCCCAAACUCUUCUCUCACGUCCCCGGUGAACAAACCACCAAGCAAGAAAUCACACUACGAAACCGCCUGAACAAUGUCGACGGCUUCGGCAUGGUCUGGUACACGCCAUCCCGCUCCGGCUUCAUCACCGACAUCGAAGGCAGUCGCCCAGUCGUCUACAAGAAUGCCCAACCGCCGAAUAACGACGCCAACUUCCACAGCAUCUGCGCGGGCACCGCGACGAAAGGCCUCUUCGCGCACAUCCGAGCCGCAACAGGGACCAGCGUCGCGGCGAUAAAUAACCACCCGUUCACAUUUGGGCGGCACACGAUCAUGCACAACGGACUGAUCAGCCACUUCACCGACAUCCGGCGGCCCAUGCUCGAUCUGAUCGAAAAGUCGGCGUACGAGAACAUCCACGGCACGACGGACUCGGAACACCUGGCAGCACUGUACAUGACCAACUUGACCAAGAAUGUCGGGGACGGCACGACGAGCUGGGAACGACAGUAUCAGCCCACGGAGAUGCUGGACGCUCUCGUCACUUCCUUCCACCAGGUCAUCGCGCUCCAACAGUCCACGCUGGGACCGCAAAAUGUGCAAGCCUGUUCCCUGAACGUAUGUUGUACGGAUGGGCAGCAACUUAUUUCAGUGCGCCUGCGCAACCACGCGGUCGAGAACCCUCCGUCAUUAUACUACAGCACCACGGCGGGGGUGACGCUGAACAGUAAAUACCCGGACCAUCCCGACGCAGGGGUCGGGAACCCCAACCCGAGUAAGAGCGCAGCGGAGCAUGGCAAACACGUGAUUGUGGCGAGCGAACCGUCGACGUAUAAAAUCGAAGAGUGGAACGUCAUUGAGAAGAAUCACGCCGUCUUGGUGGACAGGGAGGGGAAUUGUACCGAGCAGAAAGUGGAUAUGCCCGAGGAAUUCCUGGCGCAGGCGGCCACGGGGAAGCAUUUCUAG